AAAAAAAAUCUAAAAUGGCGGCUGCUCGUAGCCCAUCAGAGCUCACUGCGUCCGAAUUAAUGUCCGAAUUACAGAGUUUUGGACUAAAGACAGGACCAAUAACGCCAACCACCAGACGCAUCUUAGAGCGAAGAUUAGAAAGAGCGCGCAACGAGAAAAAUGCGCCAUCUCCACCUGUAGUAGAGCCAGAUACAAGCGCGAAAUUUGAACUGCCGGCUCAAGAGGGUCAUGCCGCGAUUUCUUCAAGUUUCCCGCAGGUGAAAUUGGAAUUUGACUCAUCGGAUGGAACUCCUGAUUUAUUUUAUGGCGUUUGUUUUGACGAUGAAAACCAUCCAAAUGGGUGUAAGUCACCGGCUGUUUUCGUCGACAAAACCCAGGCUCUUCAAGCAGUUAAAAGCCUCAAGAAUUACGGAGCUCGCUUCAAGGCUUUCAAAUCAAAGUCAGAUGCAGAACAAUUCUCCCUUCCAUUUAACCAGAGUCAAAGAGCAACUCCAAAUACAGAGACGAAAUCUCCUGAUCCCAUCAGUAAUUUCAAAUCCCCAACACCUCAACAACUUGUGCUGUUCAGAAAACUCAUUGAGCAAGGGAAGCAGCAGGAAUUCAUAGAGUUGGUAUAUAAUAAUCCAAGAUAUUUGAUUAGUUCUGGUGACACCCCUGUUAUUCUUCAAGAAGGGUUUCGUUACAAUGCCAUGCAUGUUGCUUCAAAAGAAAACAGACCACACAUGUGUGAACUGAUCAUUAGAACACUAGAGAGCAUUCAUUUUUGGCAGGUAUUUUUGCAAACUGAUAAUAAAGACAGCUUGAAUUCAAGUGUUAACAACAACCGCAGACAGUUUCUGGUGGAUUUAUACCUCAACACUCCAGAUAAAGGGAAUCUUGAGACGCCCCUUCAUUUUGCCUGCAAGUUUGGUCAUUUAGAUGUGGUAAAGUACUUGGUUAGCCAUCCCUUGACGAGCAUCACGCCACACAAUAGAUAUGGUGACACUCCCGAGGAGAUGGCUUGCUCGAGAUGUAGUUCCCUGGCAGGGUCUGUCCAGAAGAAGGAUCAAAUAAAACACUUGCUGCAGGACAAUUACUUUGUACCUGUGUUUGGUUCGCAAGACAACUCGACCCCGCCUAUCCUUGGAGACCCUUGGUCCCCUACCAUGGCUCAAGGCCAGAGAAGACCACCCUCGUGCUCUUCUGUAGGAGUGUACAGCCCAAGGGAGUCAGUCCGGGCCUAUGCAGGCCCAAUGUCUCCCUCAAAGGCCUCUGAGUUUCAUAGGAUGUGGAAAACUCCACCCACCUCUCCUGAAGAUAGAAAGCAGUAUACAAACAUACGGCGGGGUGACUCAUCCCGAGGUAUUGAGAGAAUUGGAAGAUCUUUAGCCCACAGCCAUGGCGUCCCCUGGGCUGAAUACUGGGACUUCUUGGGGUGUUAUGUUGACCUGGCCACACCUGAUGGGCUUGAUAAGUUGGAGGCUCAUCUCGAAAAGCGCAAGAGAUUGAUGACAUCAUCUCACUCCUACAGCUCAAAGGACAGCGAAGAUGGUGUCCCAUCCACACCCGAUCAAAGCAGAUCAUCUGAAUUUACUCACGUUUUUGACUCGCCUUUAACCACUCGCGUACCAUCUGGAAGGUCUUCAGGAAAGAAGCCGUUUCCCAUUGGGGAUGUAACCGAUGAGCUAUCUCCUACAGAUGAAAAGACCCCAAGUGAUCUAGCAACAGAAGAUCUUAUUUCAGGUUUAAGUGGUCUAAGCAUCAGUUCAUAUGAUACAUCACCUGAGCAACCAAUGACUCCCUUAUCAAUUCAGACAGAUUUCAAUAAAGCCUCUAGGCUGGAUGACACUAAAGACUCUACAGAUUGCAAGAAAAAACUGUUCCAAAAUAAAUUUUCUCCGGAAGGAAUACAUACAGAUGAUGUCUUGUCAGGUGGCAGCUGUAAUGUAAUCAGUCAAAAGGCUGACGAACUUUCUGAACAAAUGGCGCAUAUUGUUACAACUGAGGGAGUUUUGGUCGAUGAACCUUCGUCAGAGACUCACAGCAGGUGUUGGGAGGAUGGUGGACUGGGUCAUUUGGACCCCCAUGCCUCCCUCGGGUCGCGAAGCACAGGCCAUAAUACACCAAGGCUUCGUCAACUUCAUAAAAACAAUGUGUUUAUUGAUGGUUUGUUUCCCAGUAAACUGGAUGUUGACGUUUUGCGUGCUAUAGAAAACAGCAAUGUUGAUGAGAGGAAGUACCCCUUACUGACCCUAUGGCGGGAAAGUGUAAUGGCAUACUCAGCAAAGGCCAGAGAAAGUUGGCCAAGUCCUGGGUCGCCUCGCUUCAGAUUGCGUCAUAAAAAAGUGCAGCUGUGGAGCUGUUGACCUACAGUUCACUUUGUAUUAAAGAGAUGGGUCUUUCUUUUUAAAAACCUGUCGUGGACCAACGUAGUUUACUAUAUUUAAUACAUUCAUGUGUUGGGUUAUUCGUCGUUCUUACGCGUAUCCCAGAAUUUUGCGAGCCAUGAGAAUAGGGACCGGAUUUUCCUGAAAAGUAUGUUUGAGAUCACACACUUUGUGUUUUUCGCGAGAUCAGGAGUCUGUUCUCAAAUUUGGAUCGAAGGUAAAUCAAUAUGACAGUGGAUAUGUAGGGGUGUUUGUGUAAGAAUUUAAUGAAUGUCCAAUAGCCCAUGUAAUAUUACUCCCUGUCAGCUGUAGGGGUUACAAUGUUUUGAAGAACCAGUGCGUUUUAGGGAACAUAUUAUUACCCUUUGAAGCCACUAAUCACGAGGAGGAAAAAAACUUCCCUUUUAUUUAAGAGAACACACAAUUAGCCCUGCACUACUGCCAUUUAAUCGAGUUUAUUGACCAGACUUGUAUUCUGUUCACAAGUGGCUGCCCUCUUUGUGCGUGUGUACUAAACAUUCUUUUGUAUUGCUAAUCAUUUUGCGACCAUUCAAAGGCAAACUCUACUCUUGUAAGCUAUAUUUGCUAUAGUGAAAAUAGAGAGUGAAAUAGAAAAUUGAGUGAAAAUAAAACGCCACGAACGCUUGUUGAGCUAA